GUAUCCUACCCUAUAGAGGGUGAGAAAACGGGUACACCUACCAUACCAUGCCUGCCUGCCUCGUACUCGUACCCACGCUCCCUCAAAUACAUACCGGUAUCAAGGGCUCCAAAAACAAGGGAAAAAGAAAAGAAAGAAAACACAGAAGGAGCUGUUCCAACUGCACGCACACACACAUCCAAAUACGCUCACUCACACUACCAGUUAUUUCAUUCACUCACUCACAACUGCCCGUGCCCACCACGUCUCCGCGUCUAUCAUACUACUCGAGUAGAGUGGACAACAGAUCCCCACCCCACCCCCGCCCGCUUCUCGCUGUUACUUGCCUGCUUCUCUCCUCUCCCUGAGUCCCAAGUCAGACUGUUCCCCAAUUUUUUCUCUUGCCACCAGGAAAACUUAUUCACACAUCUCGAAUCCCGAUACAACUAAACUCUACCCUUCCCGCCCUUCGCUUGUCCUUGACUGAUCUCAAAGGACUCCCCUCUCCCCCCUCCCCGCCGAAAUAAUCCCCCCCCCCGAAUUUACUUAAAUCCUUUUCGAUUUUGAUUUUAUUCAACUCUUAUCGGUAUUCUUGCCUUAUUUUAUUUCAUUUUUCUUAAAAAAAAAAUAACUGUGGCCCGCGAGACACACAUCCCUCUGUGGCCCACCCGCCCCAGUAGUAACAGACCAAAGGAAGCAACCCUUCAACCCAACCCCCUUCCCCUUCCAACGUUCAAAUUGAGGCUCGCUCCUUGCUGCUUUGCACCACCCUAAGCCUCGCUCCCCGAUCUCCACACUACACUGCCAUUCCCUGUGUGUUAGGUUUCUCUCUAUCGUCAGCCUUCACCUUAAGGGUGUGACGAGUGCUCGCUCCGCUCGCACUUCCCACACACACCUCUUCCCCUUCCUUUCCCAUCUCCGAUCUCUAAGGAUCGAGGGUUUGACCUUAAUCAUGAUGGAACUGGAUGGAAACGAGUACGAUCGCUAUCUGGCCGCAACUAAUGCUUUCCCAAGCCUGCCCACCGGGAGGAAUGCAAGUGCCCGAGGAAUCAACGGUCACGGCCCACAUGGUCAUAGCGCUGUUGACAGACCUGGAGUGGGUGGUCGACGGGCGUCAACGCCUGGUAUGGUUGGCGCCGUGGGAAUGGAUGAGAUUGUAGCUGAGAAUGCACGCGAGUUAAGGCGGAGGUCCCUGGCUAAUGGCUUUAAUCUGGACUUUAUCGAGGUUGACGACUCGGAAGCCGAUACCUUUUCGCAGAUGGUGAGUCCCGGAGCCUUCAGUGCCGGUGACAUGAGCCAGAUGGGUAACGAAAUGGGUCGGUUGCCGACUACAAUUGAAUCCUUUUCCGAAAUGGAUGCUUCUGCCCCCGAACUGAGCGCCGUGCGAAUGAUGGGAGUGGGAAAUAUUUCGGGUCCAGAAAUUCAAUCCUCAAUCUCGAUGUAUGCUGAUCCACAAGUGCUAUCGGGAACAUCCCACUCGAGUCCCGUGACCAAUUCCAUGGCAGUCUCAGUGCCCCAAAGUCCAGUAGGCCCCCAAAUUCCUGGCUCUCCUUUAGGUCCCGGUUCUCAUGGACACCGAAUGUCGGUCGACUCCAUAACAUCCUCUCCCAUGGCCCAGAUGCACAUGGCCCAGAUGUCAAAUCAGGGGAUGGAUCAAUCUCUUAUGGACCCGAUGGGAGGGAUGACACCUUCGUCACAAUACUUCCCGAUGGACCUGUUGGGAAUCUUGUAUAGGGUAGCAAAUAGGCCUAAUCCACAAAUCAACAUCGGAGCCGUAGACCUGUCUUGCUCCUUCGUCGUAACAGAUGCACGGAAAUUCGACAACCCAAUCGUGUACUGUAGUGCCACAUUCGAACGUUUGACUGGCUACACAAAACAUGAGAUUCUGGGUCGAAAUUGUCGAUUCCUCCAAGCCCCCGAUGCCAAGAUUGUCCCGGGCGUGAAAAGGAAGUACGUCGAUGACGAUGCCGUUUACUACCUCAAGAACCAGAUACAGGCAAAAAAAGAGGCACAAACAUCGCUCAUCAACUACCGCAAAGGAGGACAGCCAUUUACUAAUCUCUUGACCAUGAUCCCCAUCACGUGGGACAGUCCGGAGGUUGUAUAUUUUGUUGGCUUCCAGGUAGACUUGGUUGAGCAGCCUGGGGCAAUGGUUAACCGAAACAAAGACGGAUCGUUCGCGAUCAACUACCAAUACAGCCAAUUACCAACCUACGUUCCAGCCGCCGCCGCGGCAUUGGUUAUGGAUUCAGCGAGGUCAGGGCUGACGGUUGCCAGGGAUGAUGUGUCCCAUGUAUUGAGUUCAUUCGGGAGUGGGGAUUCUGAGUUCCACUCUAAGAGGAUACUCGACAAAGUUCUUCUGGAGAAUACCGACGAUGUGGUACAUGUUCUAUCGCUGAAGGGCCUUUUCUUCCUCUCUGCGGUCUGUCACCCCAGCGACAUUGUACCUGUGACAAGAGACUUGAAGGAUACAUCCUCGAGUACUUCGGUCAACGUCGUGUUCCGAAUCCGACGAAAAUUCAGCGGGUAUACGUGGUUUGAAAGUCACGGUAGCCUACACACAGAGCAGGGGAAGGGCAGAAAAUGCAUCAUCUUGGUUGGAAGGGAGCGACCAGUCUACAGGCUCGGUUGGAAGGAGGUUCAGGUCACAGGAGGAAUUGGAGAUAAUGAACUCUGGACAAAAAUGUCAACAAGCGGGAUGUUCCUUUUCGUCUCGUCCAAUGCCAAGACAUUACUUGACCGGGAUGGCGAGGAGUUGACCGGCACAAGCGUUCAAGCACUCAUGAGACCUGAUUCGAAGAAUGAACUCGGAAGGGCACUGGAGAAUGCAAGGAAUGGGACAAAGGCGACCGUUAAGCACGAGAUUCAGAAUAAGCGAGGCCAAUUUUUGCAGGCUCUCACGACGUUGUUUCCAGGUGAUGGCACGGAAAGCCAGAAGCCUACUUUCCUCGUUGCGCAGACGCGGUUACUAAAACACACCCGAGCUUCGGCAGGCAGCCCGACAAAGAACCACCAAUCCGACACGCUGAACGAGAACCUUUUUGAGGAACUCAAAACGACCCGAUCAACCAGUUGGCAGUUUGAGCUUAGACAGCUGCAAAGGACAAAUAAGAGACUGGUAGAAGAAUUGAGUAGCCUCGUGGCCUUACGCAAGAAGAGAAAGAGAAGAAAGGGAGUGGACCAACUCGAGAAGGAUUGCGCCAACUGUCACACCCGAGUUACUCCGGAAUGGAGGAGAGGGCCGAGUGGAAAGAGAGAUCUGUGCAACAGCUGUGGACUGCGGUACGCCAAGUUGAUUGGACGAGUAUCCCCACGAACAGCAACCUCAAAUUCAGACAAGGGCAACAGGAGCCCAACACAAUCCCAGUCAUCGCCAAUCACCACCCACUCUCUGGGAGACUCUCCUCAUUUGUCCUCAGCGAAGACGGCAGGAAUGACGCCGAUACCGAUAUCACCCGUGCAUCAGCAACUGAGGCGAGGAAGCAUGAGCGGGAACAUGCCGACGCUCCAGCCACAUCCUACCUCCGCACCUCACAUCAACGGGAAUGGGGAAAUAGAGAUGAAGGUCAACGGGUCAUGA